AGUGUAAACAAUCUGCCCGAACAGUUGUUUUUGGAGGGCAAACUUCCUGAUUCAGGUUAAGGAAGCUUGUAACGCUCGGAAUUUUAAGUCAGUCAUGUAUAACAAACGGAUAAUCUCGAUUUCUCACUCUCCAUAGAAGUGAAGGACGAUGAAGUAAAGUACUUGUUCACCUCCUGCAGGGCACAUUUCCCUUUUUGUGGGUUCAGGGCUGUUUAACUUAGUCACUGUUGUCAGUGGGUGACGAUGCCUCCCAGCUCUGGUGAGUUAUGGGGACACCACUUGAUGCCCCCACAGGUCUCUGUGGACUGUCUCAUGCCAACAGGUGUCAUCAUCCCCAUUGGCUGUGCAAGAGAUGCUACCUUAGAACGCAUCAAAACAGACCUGUUCAUCGAGGCCAAGAAGUAUCCUCUCCAUUAUCUGAUGUCCGAACCCACAUCGUACAUUUUUGUCAGCAUUACACAGGAUGCAGAGAAAGAAGAGUUUUAUGACGAGACCAGACGGCUUUGUGAUCUUCGCCUUUUCCAACCAAUUCUCAAGGUCGUGGAGCCCAAAGGAAACCGUGAGGAGAAAAUGCUCAAUUAUGAAAUUGGUCUAGCGAUGGGUAUGCCAGUGACAGAGUUUAACGAGAUUAAGGAGUUGGAGACAAUGACUUUCAGACGUAACAUCCUACAGGUGUGUCAAGAUGCUGUGGCCCAGCGGGAAUCUGAGGGGCGGAAGACUCAGGCCCUUUACUCCUUCCCCCCUGAGGUGGAGUCUAGUUCUGAUCUCCCACCCCACAUUGAGGAGAAACUACUCAAAGAUGCUGAUCGCAUUAUUGUGUGUAUCUGGGUUAUGUCAGCUGAUAAGAGCAGGGAGAAGUUUUCUGUACAAGUCCACCACACCUGCACCCCUGAGCAGGUGAUAGCGGAGGCGAUACGACGGAGGACACGCACCAUGGGGCUGACAGUGGAGGAGCAGCAGAAGUGUAUACAGGAGCACAGAGAUACCUACGUCCUCAAAGUCUGUGGUUGUGACCAGUUCUUCCUCGCACAGUAUCCUGUUAGUCAGUACAAGUAUGUUCGCCAUUGCAUUGCACAGGAGAAAAUACCUCAGCUCAUGCUGAUGACCAAGAAAAGUGUCUAUGACAGUUUACCCAACAAUGUAUUCAAAAUGCCUGGUUAUGCAGAAAAAGGAAAAUAUGCCUUAGCAGACAUCAACAACCAACAGACCAAGUCCCUGUGGGAGUUACACACACAGCUACGUAUCCAAGUGAAUUGUGCCACUCAUGUUAGCGUGAGGGAGGUUGGCAAGAUCUAUGUGAAGACUGGUAUUUAUCAUGGUACAGAGUCACUGUGUCCGAAUAAGGACACGGCACGGGUAGAUUCGUCCAACCCUCGCUGGAGUGAAUGGCUAGAGUACGACCUCUAUAUCCCAGACAUUCCACGCUCCGCCCGGCUCUGUUUCUCUAUAUGUACUGUGAAUGUGCGGAAGAGGAGGCAUGAGCAGCACUGUGCGCUAGCCUGGGGAAAUUUACAAUUGUUUGACUUCAAUGAUCGUCUGUUAUCAGACAAAAUCAGCCUCCAUCUCUGGCCAAUGCCACAGAUGAUGGAUGACUUGCUCAAUCCUAUUGGAAUUCCAGGUUCUAAUCCAGACCAUGACUGCCCAUGUUUAGAAAUCGGAUUUGACCGCUUCACUCACCCUGUGUCUUAUCCCCCUGAGUACCAGAUAGAUGAGCUAGCUGCUUGGGUCUCCAACAAUGAUAAUGCAAAUAGUUUCUACCAUAGAGGGACCACAGCUCCAAUCUACCCUAAUGAUGACCCAGACCAUGUGGCCCAAGAACUGGAAAUCCUCAACAAGAUCAUAUCCAUGGAUCCACUGUCUGAGAUUUCUGAACAGGAGAAAGAUUUGCUCUGGAAAUACAGGCAUUAUUGCUCCAAGACACCUCAUUCCCUUUCCAAAAUCCUGGCUGCUGUGAAGUGGAACAGUCGCGAAGAAGUGGCACAGCUGUAUAGACUGCUGAAGGAGUGGCCAGUUGUGAGCCUGGAGACCUCUCUGGAGCUACUGGACUGUUCUUAUCCUGACCUGAGGGUUCGCCAGUUUGCCGUGGAGUCGCUGGAGCAGGUGCUCACAGAUGAUCAGCUGUCACAGUAUCUGUUACAACUGGUGCAGGCACUGAAAUUUGAGCCGUAUUUGGACAACCCCACAACACGUUUCCUGAUCAAAAGGGCAUUGCUCAACCAGAAAAUAGGGCAUUUUUUCUUCUGGCAUUUGAAGUCUGAGCUUCACCAGACAAGUAUCCGGAUACGGUUUGGUCUGAUACUGGAGGCGUACUGCCGGGGGUGCGGGGCGUACAUCAAGUCCCUGAUCAGACAAGUGGAGGCCCAGGACAAACUCACAAACCUCACAGAUACAUUCAAGGGCAAAGAUAACCUAGAAGAACAGAAGAAGCUGUUGUUAGAACACAUGAAACAGAAUGACUACCAGGAAGCUCUGCAGAGUUUUACAUCACCUCUCAACAACUCGCACAUUCUCGGCGACCUCUUUAUUCCCAAAUGCAAGGUUCACCAGUCUAAGAAGAGGCCCCUGUCUUUAGUCUGGCACAACCCAGACCCAAUGGCCGACCUUUGGUACUCAGACUACAGACUCAUGUUCAAAAAUGGAGAUGACCUGCGUCAGGACAUGCUGACUCUUCAGGUGUUGCGGAUCAUGGACAACAUAUGGCAGAGCGAGGGUGUAGAUCUCCGGUUGAUUCCGUAUGGAUGUCUGUCGACGGGGAAAGAUGUUGGUCUUAUAGAAUUGGUGAGAAAUUCCCAGACGGUCAUGGCAAUUCAGAAGCGUGCUUUAGGGGGUGCUAUGCAGGUGGACAGCUCCCAGCUGCACAAGUGGAUCAAAGAACAUAACCGUGGGGAGAAGUAUUCCGCAGCGAUAGAGGCAUUCACACGGUCCUGUGCAGGGUAUUGUGUGGCUACAUUUGUGCUUGGGAUUGGAGAUAGACAUUCAGAGAACAUCAUGGUAACUCAGGAUGGGAGGGUUUUCCACAUCGAUUUUGGUCACUUCCUUAAUCACAAGAAGAAGAAAUUUGGGAUCAACAGAGAGCGUGUUCCCUUUGUUCUGACAGAUGAUUUCCUAAGGGUUAUUGCCAGGGGGGCUGACAACCCGGAAAAAAGUGAAGAGUUUAAAAAAUUCCAGGGCCUGUGCGGUCAGGCGUAUCUGUGUCUACGGAAACACGCUAACCUCUUCAUCGUCCUCUUCACCAUGAUGCUAUCAUGUGGCAUUCCAGAACUCCAGUCAUUGGAUGACAUCAGCUACCUACGCAAGACGUUGGCAGUAGAACAAACAGAGCAAGAGGCCUUGAGUUACUUUCAUCAACAACUGCAAGAUGCCCACAAGGGGGCCUGGUCUACCAAGUUGAACUUCCUCUUCCAUGUUUUAGGACAGUCUCUCAAGGCCUAAACCUGUGCAAUUAUCUAUAUAUGACCACCGUAGACAUGCUUACUCCAGCGGAAUGAUUUGAAGUUUACUUCUGUGGAAAGGUUUUCCUAAGUACAUAUCACUAUUAUUCAUCCUGUCAUCACAGUAACUUCUGUCAUUGUCGGAAAGAGUCAGACUGUCAGACAAAUUUAUCAUGUUGUUUUCAUUACUGUGAAAAGAAAUCUGGCCUAAUUAUGACAUUAUUCAUCUUAUUUAUAGGAGUCUUUCCAACAAUAUCAUGUCCAUGUGUUUUGAACUGAGCAUUAGCAUCAUUUUUUUUCCUUUUUGUGUACAGUUUUGUUAUGUGGCUGUAGUAUUAUUAUGUACUCCAGAUCAUUGUGAACAUUGAUCAUGCUGAUUUUAUCGUGCACAUCGUUCACUUUUGUAUUUCUUGUUAUUGUGAACAUUGAUUGUAUCGUGCACAUCGUUCACUUUUGUAUUUCUUGUCAUUGUGAACAUUGAUUGUAUCGUGCACAUCGUUCACUUUUGUAUUUCUUGCCAUUGUGAACAUUGAUUGUAUCGUGCACACUGUUCACUUUUAUAUUUCUCGCCAUUGUGAACAUUGAUUGUAUGGUGCACACUGUUCACUUCUGUAUUUCACGCCAUUGUGAACACUGUGUCAUUACCUACCAUAUCGUAGAUUGGUACCUGCACAGGGGCUUGGUUUUAGAGUAAAAUUGACAGCUUUUGUUGAUCAUAACUCAUGAAAUUCGAGAUUAUUCCAUAAGCCCUGUUUACCAGAAGACACUUCUCUGCUUAACUAUGACGAUAGUUUAAACUGAAAACCAGGAUGCAUGAAAACCGUCGUCUAUAGAUGAUCCUGUAACGCAUUCGAACACUUGUGGAUUUUCUCUGUAAGUUAGUUUCAGUUUACUUUACCAUUGAUGUGCUGUUUAUCCAGGUGAUUUGUUGUGUGUGUGCAUGCAUGUCUAGACACAAUUUUUCAGAAAUUAAUCAAGUUAGAGCUUCCAAAUUUGGGACUUGCACACAGGUUCUCCUCAUUGUGGGCAUUAAAUUUUGGAAAAAGAGGCAUUAGCUUUUUCUUAAAAACGUAUUUUGGAUUUUCUGUACCCCACAAAAAAGGGGUUAUACAUGUAUGUGUUUCAUGAACACUCAGCAGAGCUAGUGGUUAUUAUUUGGUUAAGUAGCUUCCUUUCUGUGUAUGGUGAAAAAAAAAUAACCAGUAUAAGUCAUGCGCUAUCCUGUACAGGUACAUGUAUGUACGGAAAAUGACAGGACAUUUUUCCCAUGGCUCAGGGGCACAUUUUUGGCUUAUUUUUAGAGCUGUCCUGAUCUUAAAAUUUUGGAGUUUAUAUACACAUGACAUUUUGAGCAAGAUGUGGUAUUGACCGAAGGACCUACAAAUACUGUUAAUAGAAGCAAAAAUGGGUUACAUUUAAUAUUUGUUGUUUGUUAAGUAUGACAUUUUAAGGAACAAACUGGUAUUUUUUCCAUUGUUAACUGUUAGUUCACGAAAACAUUACCAUAUUAAAAGGAAAGUCCAAAGAAAUACAUAUCCUACCUUAUAUAGAAGAAGCCCGAGUUUGAAGCAGAUAAUUCCACGAGGUUUUUACGUGUGUAAAUAGGUCGUUUUAUUCUGUCAGUAUGCAGAGUAUUCAAUCUUGUUUUUAGAUGAUUCCAUGUAUGAAAUGGAAUUGAUGUAAUAAUUUUGCAGUGGACUUGUUGUCAUUUUGCUGUACUUAAAGCUGCACAGUACUCACCUGCUUUUCUCUUUUGGUUUACAUCUAUAUUUGUGCCUUUUUCAUAUUUCUGUAUUGAGUUCAUUAUUCCGAUACAUGUAUUUCUCUGAACAAUUCUACAAGUAUUGUUUUAUAAACAAAAGCUUGUUUUUCUUUGAGCAAAAUUUGACAUUUGGGCGUCAGAAACUGAGAAUGUACAACUGCAGUCCAGUGAGCAUGGAUCUUGGGUCAGCGAGGCAUAGUUUCCUGCAAACUGCGAUGGACAUGCUCUGCUUCAACAUGAUCAUGUGACACUCCAGGGGCCAAUCAAAAUCAUCCACCGUGUAUGACAUAUAAUAACACUCCUGACUACCCU